UCUAUCUAAUCAAUAACGUCAAGCCAUCGGACAGGUAGAUUUCCUGCAUUAACAUAUUUUACCCACUGCUGCCUGUGUUAAGGACACAUACGACAUGUUCGAAAUGGACGGAGACAUGGACAAGAAGAAGAAGAAGAAGCAGAAGAAGAAGGAGAAACUGGAGGGCAUGAAGAGAGAAAUGGAUAUCGACGACCAUGAGAUAACAAUUGAGGAGCUAGAAAUGAGAUACAACACCAGCGUUACCAAGGGUUUGACCUCCACCUUUGCGCGUCAGAUCUUGGAGAGAGACGGUCCCAAUGAGCUGAAGCCCCCUAAAGGAACUCCAGAGUAUGUGAAGUUUGCCAGGCAGCUUGCUGGAGGUCUGCAGUGUCUGAUGUGGGUCGCGGCCAUCAUCUGCUUCAUUGCCUUUGGAAUUGAACUUGCGCAAGGGAACCUCACCAGCUUUGACAAUCUGUACUUGGCCAUCACCCUAAUUGCUGUCGUCGUGGUGACUGGUUGCUUUGGUUACUACCAAGAGUUUAAGAGUACCAACAUCAUUGCAAGCUUCAAGAAUCUGGUGCCACAGCAAGCCAUUGUGAUCCGGGAUGGCCAGAAAAACCAGAUCAACGCCUACGAAUUGGUGGUGGGAGACUUGGUGGAAAUCAAAGGGGGAGACAGAGUCCCUGCUGACAUCCGCAUCAUCACUGGUCAGGGCUGCAAGGUGGACAACUCGUCCCUGACAGGGGAGUCUGAGCCGCAAACCAGGAGCCCAGAAUGUACUCAUGAGAAUCCGUUGGAGACCAGAAACAUUGCUUUCUUCUCUACAACCUGUCUGGAAGGUGUUGCUACAGGUGUGAUCAUUAACACGGGUGAUCGUACCAUCAUCGGCCGGAUCGCCAGCUUGGCGAGUGGCGUCGGCAACGAGAAAACGCCCAUUGCCAUUGAAAUCGAGCAUUUUGUUGACAUCAUCGCCGGUCUUGCAAUCUUCUUUGGGUUCACCUUCUUCGUGGUCGCCAUGUUCAUCGGAUAUGCCUUCCUGGAAGCCAUGAUCUUCUUCAUGGCUAUCGUGGUGGCUUACGUGCCAGAGGGACUGCUGGCUACAGUUACUGUAUGUCUGUCUCUGACUGCUAAACGUCUUGCCAGGAAGAACUGUGUUGUGAAGAACCUGGAGGCCGUGGAGACAUUAGGCUCCACUUCCGUGAUCUGCUCUGACAAGACUGGUACCCUGACCCAGAACAGGAUGACUGUCGCUCACCUUUGGUUCGACAACCAGAUCCACUCCGCUGAUACCACUGAGGAUCAGUCAGGCCAGAGUUUUGACCAGUCAUCAGAAACAUGGCGUUCACUGGCGAGGGUGGCCUCCCUGUGUAACAGAGCUACGUUCAAACCUAAUCAGGAAGGUGUACCUAUCCCAAAGAGGUUUGUGGUGGGAGAUGCGUCAGAGACCGCUCUGCUGAAGUUCACUGAGCUCACUGUAGGGAACAUCAUGGACUACCGCAAUCGCUUCAAGAAAGUGGUGGAGGUGCCCUUCAACUCCACCAACAAGUUCCAGCUGUCCAUCCACGAGCUGGAGGAUCCUCUCGACCUUCGCUACCUGUUGGUGAUGAAGGGGGCUCCAGAACGUAUCUUAGAGCGCUGCUCCACCAUUUUGAUAAAAGGCCAGGAGUUGCCUCUGGAUGAGCAGUGGAGCGAAGCCUUUCAGACAGCCUACAUGGACCUGGGAGGACUGGGAGAGAGAGUACUGGGUUUCUGUCACAUCUAUCUGAAUGAGAAAGAGUUUCCCCGAGGCUUUCAGUUUGACACCGAUGAGAUGAAUUUCACCACGUCAGGAUUGUGCUUUGCUGGUCUCAUCUCAAUGAUUGACCCCCCGAGAGCCACUGUGCCUGAUGCAGUGAUGAAAUGUCGUACUGCUGGUAUCAGGGUUGUCAUGGUGACUGGUGACCAUCCGAUCACAGCGCGGGCCAUCGCGGCUAAUGUUGGCAUCAUCUCGGAGGGCAGUGAAACAGUGGAGGACAUUGCCCAGAGGAAGCGCAUACCUGUAGAACAAGUCAACAAGAGGGACGCCCGUGCCUGUGUGAUCAGUGGUGGUCAGUUGAAAGAGAUGAGCAGUGACGAGCUAGACGACGCACUACGGAACCAUCCUGAGAUGGUGUUCGCCAGAACGUCCCCUCAGCAGAAACUGAUUAUCGUGGAGAGUUGUCAGCGUCUGGGCUCUAUCGUUGCCGUGACAGGUGAUGGUGUGAACGACUCCCCGGCGCUUAAAAAGGCUGAUAUUGGUGUCGCCAUGGGUAUCGCUGGGUCAGAUGCCGCCAAAAACGCUGCAGACAUGAUCCUGUUGGACGACAACUUUGCUUCUAUUGUCACUGGAGUGGAGCAGGGCCGUCUUAUCUUUGACAACCUCAAGAAGUCUAUUGCCUACACACUGACCAAGAACAUCCCUGAGCUGACUCCAUAUCUGAUCUACAUCACUGUCAGCGUGCCUCUUCCUCUGGGCUGCAUCACUAUCCUCUUCAUCGAACUGGCCACUGAUAUCUUCCCCUCGGUCUCUCUGGCCUAUGAGAAAGCAGAGAGCGACAUCAUGCACCUGAAGCCCAGGAACCCUCGCCGCCAUCGACUGGUAAACGAGGCCCUGGCUGUGUACUCAUACUUCCAGAUAGGAGCCAUCCAGUCUUUUGCAGGUUUUACAGAUUAUUUCACAGCCAUGGCCCAGGAGGGCUGGUUUCCUCUCUUGUGUGUCGGCCUGCGUUCUCAGUGGGAGAAUGUUCAUCUUCAAGAUUUACAGGACAGCUACGGACAAGAAUGGACCUUCAGUCAAAGGUUGUACCAGGAGUAUACGUGCUACACUGUGUUUUUCGUCAGUAUUGAGAUCUGUCAGAUCUCAGAUGUGCUGAUCAGGAAAACUCGACGUCUCUCUGUGUUCCAGCAAGGCUUCUUCAGGAACCGUGUCUUGGUGUCCGCUAUAGUCUUCCAGCUCUGCCUGGGUAAUCUGCUUUGUUACUGCCCUGGAAUGCCCAACAUCUUCAAUUUCAUGCCCAUCAGAGUCCAGUGGUGGUUUGUUCCUGUUCCAUACGGUAUUUUAAUCUUUGUCUACGAUGAGAUCAGGAAGUUAGGAGUCAGAAGAUAUCCAGGAAGUUGGUGGGAUCAAGAGCUAUAUUACUGAGACCAGAGAAGCUCUUUCAUUCGUCCAUCUGUCGAUAUGCACAAAAGCAUCGCUCAUGAACAGAAUGCUGCAAACCCAGAGGACCUUACUCAAUUCACCACUCAUCUAUAUAACUUUGUGAUCUAUGUAUUUAUAGCUUAAACUGUCUUUUAAUGUCAAGGGCCUGCCUAAAUCCUUGUAACAAAGUAAAAAGGAAUAAUUACUGAGUGGUCAAUGAAUAAUUCACAGAUCUGAUGUGUUCCAGCUCUUUGACUGUGGCUGCAUUGUAUUUGUACAAAUAAAGAAUUAUAUUACUGAUGACACCAAA